AUGGGUCAUAUAACUUUGAGCUACCAAAAUUUUCAGGUGACAGAUACACCUGGCUUUGCUUUUGUGCAUAUUGCUGAAGCUGUUGCCAUGCCCACAACGCAACGUGCCAGAUCAAUCAAGGAUUGGUUUUGGGUGUAUUAUAUAAAAAAUUCUGUGAUCAUACGAAGUAAAACUUAUUGUGCUUGUCAAAGUCACAAUGUAGAAUUAUUUUAUUUCCUACAGAGCCCCUCCUGUAAGUUGGCCAAUCUAGCAUCUGACAAGGAUAGGAAUAACUUAGAAAAGUUGACACUUGCUGUCCUCUCUCAUUUGCCAACUGCUGUACUUUAUGUCCACGAUCUAUCUGGAGAAUGUGGGACUCCACCUUCUGAUCAGUUUGUCAUUUACAAGGAAAUACGGGAGAGAUUCCCCGACCAUCUUUGGCUUGAUGUUGUCUCUAAAUGUGAUCUGCUUCAAGAGUCUCCUGUUGUCUUUAUUACGGAAGAUGGUAAUGUCAAUCAUCUGGAGCUAGCGAAGUAUCGUGAGGUGGGACCUGAUGGAGCUUUACGUGUAUCAGUUAAGAGUGAAGUUAGUAUUGAUGAGUUAAAACGUAGAGUGCAUGAUCUGCUGCUUUCUCAGUCGAUGAGGAUCAAGAGCCAAAAGAACAAUCAAAACAGUCUUUUUAAGUCCCGAGCUAGUCCAUUCUUUCCAAGAUUUGUUCUUAAAACUCGCUACUCUCUAACAACCUUUGCCGAGAUAAGUACACUCAUUGAACCAACCACUUUUUAUGAUGGCAAACCAACCAUCAAAUAUCAGGAUGACGAUUAA